AACUCUUCGUCUUCACCAGCUCUCACGCUAGCCAUGUCAUCCCCGCCUAUCGAGCCAGUCCCGCUCCGGGCCCGAAAACAGGACGCGGCCGCCCGAGGUGGAAAGACCAGAGCUCGAUACAGAGCCUGCCUCGUCUGUUCCUAUGUCCAGCCCAGUCCGGAUUGGAUGGCACGAGGCUGUCCGAACUGCGAAGCCAUCGUCAGAGUGGCAGGCUCGCAGGACCAAAUCAAAAAGUGCACCUCGAUCCAGUUUGACGGUGUCAUCGCUGUACUCCGACCGAAAGAAUCUUGGGUGGCCCGCUGGCAGCGAAACGUUAAUCACGUUCCCGGUCUAUACGCCGUCCGAGUCAUCGGCCGUCCUCCUACCAGCGUCAUCCAGCGUAUUCAACAAUCUGGAGUCCCCUACAUUCCUCGUGACGAUGUCGCUGGAGAUCAUUCGAAAGAAGAUGAAGACGACGAGGACGAGGACGCCGACGAGGACGAAGCUGGUGGCAAGGGCGGGGACAAGGACAAGGAUAUGGACGAGUUCGAGGACGACGGGAUGAUCGUGGAUGAUGAUGACGAUGUCGAGGAGGACGAUCGGAUCGGGAGGAGGGUCGGCGGGAGGGACGAUGACAGGGACCGGGGGAUCAGGUCGCCAGAGGACGAUGAGGAUUACGACGAUUGAGCACGGGCUGGUGAUAUCGACGGCGAGUCGGAGACGUUUCGGGUUGCGGCCUCAUGAGACUUAUAGCUGCAGUUGUAUCCCUCUCUACCAUCUCUUUUCACGAUCAAACUUGUUGUAUACCAUGGAACCGAACGAUUUACGACUUCAUAGAAAAGGCUAUGAAGAUGACUCCACAUGCGCGGCGCGUCUGUUUCCAAUACAUUUCGACCUAAAUCCGAUUCGGUCUCCACAGCGAUCGUCUUCUACAGGUCAGGAAGACUCCGGUCUCGCCUUCGAUUUCGCAGACUUCGUCCAGUCCGCUGGUGAUAUCAGUGCGCACUGGUCAACGCGAUGCUGGGGAGCGCUCGCAAGCUCGUAAUCUGCUUUAGGCGGGCCUGAUAGAGUUGUGUGAGCUGUUGGAUCGGGAACGCUGCCUUGUCUAUCUCGUGCGAGC